AUGUCCCUUCCGCCAGGCAAUGCAUCAGAGAGGAAGUCUCUCCUCCACCGGUACCUUGAGCUACCGGUGGACAGUGGGCAGUUUAUGGCAACGUACGUGUGGAUCGAUGGAUCCGGUGAAAACGUUCGUUGUAAAACCAUGACCCUAUCUGAAGAACCCAAGACAAUCAAGGAUUACCCCAUUUGGAAUUUCGAUGGCAGUAGCACAGGGCAAGCCGAAGGAUCAAAUUCGGACGUGUAUCUGUAUCCAGCGGCAAUGUUUAGAGAUCCUUUUACCCGUGGCAAUAACAAACUGAUACUCUGCGAGACCUACACAUACGACCAGAAACCCCAUUCCAGUAAUAAGCGUCGCGAAUGCGAAGAAGUGAUGAAGAAGGUGGCAGAUGAGCAGCCUUGGUUCGGCAUUGAGCAGGAGUACACGAUUCUUGAUGUUGAUCAGUACCCCCUUCAGUGGCCUAAAAAUGGUUUUCCAGCUCCCCAAGGCCCCUACUACUGUGGUGUAGGGGCUGAUCGAGCAUUUGGGCGCGAUAUUGUUCUCGCGCACUAUCGUGCCUGCUUGUAUGCGGGUAUCAAGAUUGCCGGGUCUAACGCCGAGGUGAUGCCUUCUCAGUGGGAGUUUCAAGUUGGGCCCUGUGAAGGCGUUGACGCGGCCGACCACCUUUGGAUGGCGCGUUACUUGUUACACCGUGUCGCUGAGGACUUCGGAGUUGUGGUGACAUUCGAUCCUAAACCCAUGAAAGGUGACUGGAACGGCGCUGGAGCUCACACAAAUUUCUCGACAUUGUCAAUGCGCACACCAGGAAAGGGUCUAGACGUUAUUACUGCGGCAAUUGACAAGCUAGCCUUGGCCCAUGACGAACACAUCAAGCACUACGACCCACGCAAUGGUGAUGACAACAAACGACGAUUAACGGGUCGUCACGAGACCAGCAGUAUUCAUGACUUUUCUUCGGGUGUCGCUAACAGAGGCGCCAGCAUUCGAAUCCCUCGCCAGGUAGGCGAAAACGGUUUCGGCUACCUGGAGGAUCGGCGACCGUCUGCGAACUGCGAUCCAUAUUCGGUCACGAUGAUGUUGGUGAAGACGACAUGUUUGUAG